AUGACAUACGGUAUUGUGGGUUUUCUAAUGUAUGUCUGUUUUUGUCUCUCUACAGUGAAAGCAGAAAAUAAGGACAAACAAGAGAAGGCCGAUUUCUUCCCCAAGAUGGAUAACUUGAACAUGUUUGAGAAGACAGAGAAGACAGAGAAGAUGAAGAAGACAGAGAAGACGGAGAAGAUGGAGAAAGAAGAUCAAUCUAAGAAAGUCGACAAUGCCGACAAGACAAAAAAAUCUGAGAAGAUCCUCAAAGAUGAAGAGAAGAUAGAUAAGACAGAGAAAAAUGUUAAAAAUGAAAAAGUGGACAAGCCAGAGAAGACCAACAAAGAUGAGAAGAUGGAGAAGAAAGAAAAUGGAGAGAAAACGGACAAGAUGGUUAAAGUUGAGAAGAAUGAAAAGGCUGGGAAAGGUACUGCAAAGUCUCCAACAACCAUCGGAAGCAAGCAGGACCUCACCAGCCCAGACAGUAAGGCCAAGGUAGGUCAGGGAAAGGCUGGGACAAUGUUACCAUUCAUUUCAGUGCAAGCUGCUUCUGCAACUGUCAAUGCUAUCUCGUGUGGUUGUGUGUGUGUGUGUGUGUGUGUGUGUGUGUGUGUGUGUGUGUGUGUGUGUUAGUGUGUGUUUGUAUGCACACGCUUAUGUGCUAUUUCAAAUUUAAAAGAGUUAUCUAGCCUGCUGCUAGAACUUGCUCUGCUGAUGCUCCUGGUUUGAUUAUGAUUUGUGGUUUAUAGUGAAUGCUGCCUCUGCUGCUUUACCAUGCUGUCAUUGCCAUCUCUUGUAUGCUUUGGUUUUCUUAUUUUCUCCUUUAUCAUGUGACGUUGUUGUACAGCCAGCUGUUGGGUCAACCAAACCAAACUCUGCCAAAACACGGCCCACCACUCUGUCCACUGGGGAUGCAGCUGCCCCCCCAAAACGUUCCUCCCCCACCUCCAGCUCUGCCAAUAAAAAAAGUCCUGUUACCAAGGCAACCACUCCCACUGCUGGCACCAAGCGGCCAACUGCCGCUGCCAGUCAAACCCCUACAGCCACCAAGUCCAAGGUGAGUCCCCUCCCACUCCCACUUCCCUCACUGGUGUCUGUGCUCACUGGCCUUCCCUCUUGUGGUUGGCACCUUGUCCCCGUUCCCUCUGUUUGGCUCUGCUAUAUAACUGUCCAGUGUCCACCACCUGACUCUCACUCACAGUUUGUGGACCACCAACUCCCUGCACUAUAACCUUUGUCUCGUCUCGUCACCAUGUAGUCCUACCAACUGAAUAUUUUCUAUCACCUCCCAGAAGAUCCCAGCAUGCAUUUCCAAUAUCUCCUUUCUGUUUGUAAUCUUUACUCCCUUCAUUUCUUAAUCAAUUUCCAUUUAGUGUGUUUUGUUUUAUCAGGCACCGAUCUAUCUUUUCCCUCAGCCUUCUCCAUCUCCCUUACACCUCUAGUUGCCUCUCCUAACCAACCCUCUCUUUGUCCAGCGCUCUCUUCCACACCACACCCUUCUCUGAUUUCCUGUUUGCUUACUCAGACUCCGGAAAACGGCACUUCUGACAGACGUCCUCCUGUGCCAAAGGCCAACGGCACGGCCAAUAAGAAUAGUUCCUCUACUACCGCCACUACUAAACCUGCAGGUCCACGCCCCUCUGCUAGUGCCCCCUCUCUGCGCCGCAACACAGGUGAGCACUAACUCUGUACAGUGCAAGCUUACAUGCUUUAAGGUGCUUUAUUCUUGAUGAUGGUGAUAUUCAAUAAGCCAAAGUCAGAAUUCCAUGGUUAUCCCUAAAUUAAUACAAUGUCCACUAGUCUUAAUCAUGUAAGGUGAGGUUGGUUAUGUUCUAUACCCUACAGUUCCCAAGACUGAUAUCAAGCCAGGUGACGUGAAGAAGCCUAGUACACUGAAGACAACACCAGGUAACAACGAACCAACAUGCACAAUCUAACCCAAGUAUCUCAGUAUACAACUAAAAUACCCUGGAGUUGAAUGUGUUCUUUGAAAUUGGAAGGACAGACAAAUGUAGUCUGUUAUAAUCUCUCCUGACAGUGUCAUUAUGACUACACAGAGAGAGACAAGCACAGUGCGUAAGUGAUGCUAGGAGACAGACAGGGAUGUAGAGGGAGACAGACACUUAGUCUCAACAGUAGCUCCAGUUCCUGAAAACACUGACUAACACCUCAGGCCUGUCAUGUCCUCCUCUGAGAUAUUCAUUAGCCAUUGAAUCAGAGGCCGCUGACACAGCCUUGGAAAACCCACUACCAGAGACCACAGUAUCUACUGUGUGUAGGUAGCAGUAGUGUUGUUCCUUAUCCUCUCCCAUGGGGACUAGUUAUCUUCCAGCCCAUUGUUUCCUAGUGAAUCAUUGUUGUUAUUGUUUUAUGUGUGGGCUCAGCUCCAGCCCUUAGAGGGUAUGGUUCAAUGGUUCCUCAUGCCCUUUGUCUAUUUCUAUCACUGCCCCAGCCAAGCCCAAGGUACCUCACACUUCUGCUACUGCUCCAAGCACUCCUGCAACCAACGGGGAGCAGCCUCGCAGACGCAUCACCAAACCCCCGGUGCCCAAGCAGACGGCUAUGGAGAGGAAGCCACCUGUACCCAGAGCUCCUAGGACUCCCAGGACCAUCAACGCACCCCUGCCAGACCUGAAGAAUGUGCGCUCCAAGAUCGGCUCCACAGACAACAUGAAGUAUCAGUCUACCGGCGGCAAGGUGCGGUAACAUGGGAUAGAGAUGUACUGUACAUGAAAGCUUUGGGAAAUAGGUCUAUUUAAGAGGACCAACAUGAGUCAUAGACAUUUGUGUAUUGACAGGUCUAUCGUGCCUUCGAUGCUGUCAAAUGCCAUUCAAAGCAGGGGUUUUGUCACAAGCAAAUUCUCAUUACACAUCAUACAAAUUCCAUAUUAUCAAAAACCUCCUCACCUCUCCACUGCUACCAUAUAAAAGGUCUUAUACCACCAUCUCAUUAGUCAUUACCGACAUUUAUGGCUUCCUCAACUAAAUAGGGACACAAUGCAUGCUAACCGUGGAGAAAACGACACUAUAUAUACAAAAGUAUGUGGACACCCCUUCACAUUAGUGGAUUCUGCUAUUUCAGCUACACCUGUUGCUGACAGGUGUGUAAAAUCGAGCACACCGCCAUGCAAUCUCCAUAGACAAACAUUGGCAGUAGAAUGGCCUUACUGAAGAGUUCAGUGACUUUUAACGUGGCACCGUCAUAGGAGGCCACCUUUCCAACAAGUCAGCCCUGCUAGAGCUGCCCCGGUUAACUAUAAGUGCUGUUAUUGUGAAGUGGAAAAGUCUAGGAGCAACAACGGCUCAGCCGCAAAGUGGUAGGCCACACAAGCUCACAGAACGGGACCGCCGAGUGCUGAAGUGCGUAACGCGUAAAAAUCGUCUGUCCUCAGUUGCAACACUCACUACAGAGUUCCAAACUGUCUCUGGAAGCAACAUCAGCACAAGAACUGUUCAUCAUGAAAUGGGUUUCCAUGGCCGAGCAGGCGCACACAAGCCUAAGAUCACCAUGCGCAUUGCCAAGCGUCGGCUGGAGUGGUGUAAAUAUUGCCGCCAUUGGAAUCUGGAGAAGUGGAAACGCGUUCUCUGGAGUAAUGAAUCACGCUUCACCAUCUGGCAGUCCGAUGGACUAAUCUGGGUUUGGCGGAUGCCAGGAGAACACUACCUGCCCGAAUGCAUAGUGCCAACUGUAAAAUUUGGUGGAGGAGGAAUAAUGGUCUGGGGUUGUUUUUCAUGGUUCGUGCUAGGCCCCUUAGUUCCAGUGAAUGGAAAUCUUAACGCUACAGCAUACAAUGACAUUCUAGACGAUUCUGUGCUUCCAACUUUGUGGCAACAGUUUGGUGAAGGCCCUUUCAUGUUUCAGCAUGACAAUGUCCCUGUGCACAAAGCGAGGUCUAUACAUAAAUGAUUUGUCGAGAUCGAUGUGGAAGAACUUGACUGGCCUGCACAGAGCCUUGACCUCAACACCAUCAAACACCUUUGGGAUGAAUUGGAAUGCCGACUGCGAGCCAGACCUAAUCGCCCAACAUCAGUGCCCGACCUGACUAAUGCUCUUGUGGCUGAAUGGAAGCAUGUCCCUGCAGCAAUGUUCCAACAUGUAGUGGAAAGCAUUCCCAGAAGAGUGGAGGCUGUUAUAGCAGCAAAGGGGGGACCAACUCCAUAUUAAUGUCCAUGAUGUUGGAAUGAGGUGUUCAACAAGCAGGUGUCCACAUACUUUUUGUCAUGUAGGGUAUCUGUCUGUCUACUUAUGCCUUUCUGUUUCUCUCUCUGUUAUCUCCCCUUUGUUUCUCUCUUUUCCUCUCUGUAGCUUUUGGUUUUCUCUCUUAUCUCGCUCUCUUUUCUCUCUCUCAUCUCUCUACAUUACAAUUGACAGCUGCCUUCACUCAUUUGGCUGACUGAUACUGUCACCUGUAUUCGUAAGAUCACUCUGAAAAGAGAAAUGCUUUCAUACAGAUGACCGUCUUGGAAAAUAGCCAUCAUAUUCAGUCUUUACUGAUGGCAUAGCUAACCUAGAAUUGUAUGUUUGCAUUCUGGCAUAGGUUGUGACUGUGUCCAUCCACAAAAGGUUACCUGUCACAGUGAUGUAUGCAAAAGGGAGACUCCACAGAAACAAAUUCUCAACACAUUGUUUCAGAAACAGCCCUGCACACACUUGCACUAAUCUUGCCUGAGCCAAUGCCUAGACUUUGGCUUAUCGAGCCAAUUAAUUAUUCUGGCAUGCAGGAGACCUAGGUUUGAAACCUGUCAGUCACACAGACCAGUGGUGUAGCCUCAAAGCAGAGCAGUUCCCUCCAUCCAUCCAUACACCCCACCACACCACAUUCUCCUGAGCCCUGACUGGUAGUACUGACCCAGGGCCCAGGGCAGCCCUGUCUCCUGGUAUUGACCCAGGGGUGGUUGUCUCCCCUCAGGUCUCCUCGGCGGGGGGUUCCCAAUCCAAAGACGGCCAGGGCAAAGUGAGUCCCUACCAUCGGCAUCAUCACACACCCCUUGCUCAUUCUCACCCAUGUGCUCAACCACUCUCUCUCCUCCGAUAUCACACUGAAGGAAAUUACAUAAGUGGAGCUUUUUUGUCCACUGACUAUUUGAACCUAUCUGUACAUGCAGAAACACAUACAGACACAUCGCACACUCCCACUCUAACAUACUCACAGUCAUGCACAUCCUCACCUUUUCUUCCUCUUCAUGAUAGACUGUUGCUUUCCGGUAUAAAAUGUGAAUGGUUGUGGACAGUGUACUCCAAGUCUCUGUCUCCCCUGAAAUGCACAGCUUAACUGACAGACAGAAAGAAAAACAGACAGAGAGGAGAUGACCUUGCCAUCAUCCACCUGACCUCUACAACCAUGGCACUACCCAUCCCAGUUAUUUGGCACAGAAACCUCAUGAACCUCCUCAUGAAAUAACACCACAGUGACCAUUGUCCUGCGCUUGUCCUCCCACCUGGUACAUUUAGAAGAGCCCUGAGCUUGAGUAUUUGAGAGUGUGUUGUGUUUACAUUUACAUUUACAUUUACGUCAUUUAGCAGACGCUCUUAUCCAGAGCGACUUACAAAUUGGUGCAUUCACCUAAUAGCCAGUGGGAUAACCACUUUACAAUAUGUAUUUUUUUUUUUUUCUUUGGGGUGGGGUAAGGGGGGGUAGAAGGAUUACUUUAUCCUAUCCCAGGGAUUCCUUAAAGAGGUGGGGUUUCAAGUGUCUCCGGAAGGUGGUGAGUGACUCCGCUGUCCUGGCGUCGUGAGGGAGCUUGUUCCACCAUUGGGGAGCCAGAGCAACGAACAGUUUUGACUGGGCUGAGCGGGAACUGUGCUUCCGCAGAGGUAGGGGGGCCAGCAGGCCAGUGGUGGAUGAACGCAAUGCCCUCGUUUGGGUGUAGGGACUGAUCAGAGCCUGAAGGUACGGAGGUGCCGUUCCCCUCACAGCUCAGUAGGCAAGCACCAUGGUCUUGUAGCAGAUGCGAGCUUCAACUGGAAGCCAGUGGAGUGUGUGGAGGAGCGGGGUGACGUGAGAGAACUUGGGAAGGUUGAACACCAGACGGGCUGCGGCAUUCUGGAUGAGUUGUAGGGGUUUAAUGGCACAGGUAGGGAGCCCAGCCAACAGCGAGUUGCAGUAAUCCAGACGGGAGAUGACAAGUGCCUGGAUUAGGACCUGUGCCACUUGCUGUGUAAGGCAGGGUCGUACUCUCCGAAUGUUGUAGAGCAUGAACCUACAGGAUCGGGUUACCGCCUUGAUGUUAGCGGAGAACGACAGGGUGUUAUUAUUAAUUAAUUAUUAUUAAUCUGGGUUUACUUUUACGUAAUUUACCCUAAACCUAUUUUACAGUCCUAUUAGUAUGAUUCAAUUAAGGAUUAUAAUGGUAAGAUAAGCAAUUCAGAAACAACCAACUGGGCACAGACAUAAUUUCAACAUCUAGUUUUGAUUUACAUUUGGUUGAGAUGUCAAGUAAUGUGAAUUUCAAUGUGAAAUCAACAAAAAAUGUCACCAUGUCAUUGGAUUUAGGUUCAAAUAUGAAACUUUUUUUGCAAAUUCAAUCAGUUCUCCACGUUGAUUCAACGUCAUCAGAUGUUAUUUUUUGGUUGAAAUGACGUGGAAACAACGUUGAUGCAACCAGUUUUUGUCCUGUGGGAAGCACUUGCUGCUGUCUUCUCAUCAGCUGAGUGAUAUAGCAGAGAAGCCUCUGGUUAUCCAACACCUGUGAGUUGAGUUCAGUAAGAAAUGAGCUGGAGGCAGUGUGAGCAAGCAGUUGGAAAUAACAGACCUUGGCUGUGGCCUUGUGUUUUAGAGGGUGACUCAGCCUGUCUGCGCUGCUAACUGCGUCACAGAGCCUCAAACUAAUCUAAACACCAGGCAUCUCAGUAUACAAAGCAAAAAGGAAAUGGAGAAAACAGAUUAGUGCUUUUCAUUCAAGGUUUUUGAACAGCAGUUCCGUUCCUUCGCAGAGUGACGAUGUUUUGAAAUCAGCAUUUGAUAUCAGGGAAGAGAUGGCUGGCUAGCGUGCAUGUGCGUGUGUGUGUAUUCUUUUUGUUCAUAAACACUGCUAUAGUUAUCUACUUUGAUCAGCCACAUCUAGAAUUGGAUGAUAUUUGAGGUAAUUUGCAGCAUUCUGACUGUUGUGUGACUGACUUUACUUACUAUGUGUAAGAAUGAGUUAACAACAUACUGUAUGCUCUUUAGAUUGCUUUCACUUUUCAUCCUGGCUGCUCCUCCACCACCCUCCACUAAUUCUAGACUCACCAUAGUGAACCGUUCCCUCUGCUACUGUGCUUCUUUGUAGGUUAUGAUAGUCCACAAAAAACUGGACUUCAGCCAUAUCACCUCCCGCUGUGGCUCCAAGGAUAAUAUCAAGCAUGUCCCUGGUGGAGGGAAUGUAAGUACAACACAUGGGGCUCCCAUAUGGCUGCUGACUCUUUCCCCAUAUCCCACUGACAUGCUCGAUUGGACUGAAAGGAAGUCAGCCCCAUUUGUAAUAGAGUAAAGUACUAACGUUCUCGUCAUUCUAAUUCUAUGGUCAGCCCCAUUGGCCAGCCUAGAUAUAAUGUUAGGUCCGAGUGCUGUGCUGUUUGUGCAAACUGUCUCACCCAACUAACCAGCUUAAGAGAUACUAGCUUUCUAUUUGCCUCUUUCACUCUCUUUUACAUUGCAACAAGUAUGACAUUUCCUUAUUAAGUGACAACAAAAUCUAUUUAAAUGGAUACUUAAAAUGCCCACUUCUCCACUUUACACUAGAGUACUCAGCUUUUUCUUUUUCCAAAUGUCAUAAUCAGUGUUAUACUGAUGGGUGAGAAUGAUUCAAGGCAUUGUGUGAGAAUUUCAGAGUGGGUGUUGUUUCAUCUUUGCCAUUCAUACUUCAACGUUUGUGUUGUUUGUUUGGGUGCAUUCAGGUCCAGAUUCAGCAUAAGAAGGUGGACUUGAGCAAAGUGACCUCCAAGUGUGGCUCUAAGGACAACAUCAAGCACAAGCCAGGUAGACGUCUUAUGAUUUAGGAAAUAAUGCUUGCAUCCUAAAUGGCACCCUAUUCCCUACAUAGUGCAGUACUUUUGACCAGAGCGUCAUUGGCCCUGCUCAAAAAAAGAGUGGACUGUAUAGGGAAUAGGGUUCCAUUUGGGAAGCAUCCUAUACCAAAUGAAUUCUCUUCUUACGCCACUUGUAACUAAGGUGUUCCCACUACAGGGGGUGGAGAUUUGAAGAUUGAGGCUAAGGCCAAUGGCAAGCCCAAGGUGGGGUCAAUGGACAAUAUUGGCCUUGAGGCAGAUGGUGGACAAAACAAGGUAAGGUCACAUUUUUUGUCAUUUAGCAGACGCUCUUAUCCAGAGCGACUUACAGUUAGUGCAUACAUUUUCAUACUGGCUCCCCGUGGGAAUCGAACCCACAACCCUGGCGUUGCAAGCACCAUGCUCUACCAACUGAGCUACACGGGACCAUUCUCUUGUAGUCACAUAGCCAUUUAAAUUUUUUACCUAACCAGGAUUUGGUCUGUUUGAGGUUGUGGUGGUGGAAACAUGUUAUUUGAACAUGAUGGUUGCCUACAUACAGAGAGCAAUUUCAUCCUGUUAAAACAAGCCGUGUCAUCAUGCUCUAACCUGUUUUUCCACUAGAUGGCAUUAAUGAAUACCCAGCCUUUCAUAGCAACACAACCUAUAAAGAAAAGAUCAUUGAAUUUAUAGGAAUUUAUACACACUUUUUAAAUUAACCUGUGUGUAUCAGAUUCUCAUGUCUAAAACCCUGCUGCUAACGUGUUUCCAGGCUGGAGGGAUGCAGGAGAAAGCUGAGGGGAAAACAUCUCCCCCUGGUGGAGCUCCAACCACAGGUGCAGGAAGCAUGGCUAAGGAGAACGGACAUAAGGAGGCCACGCCUCAUCCAAAUCCCUUUGCGGGUGAUGGGCUGCGGGACCCGAUAGGCUUGGGCAUGGACAAACGUAUCCCAGAGACAAGUAGGUGCCUCUUGCCCCAACAAACACCCUGUGGUCUUUCUCAAAUCUCACUUUCACUGUCAUGCAAUCUCAGAGCAUUAACUUUGAGAUGACCUCCGUUGCCUGUCUCACGUUGCUUAUUGGGUUUCAUGUCACUGCUGAGUGCUCAGAUGAUAGAUAACUGAUUGUUGUGAAGUAGGCUAGUUUUUUGCCUCCUGCAAAUACUGUAUUCAAAAAAUGUGUAUGUUAUUUUAUGCCAUUAGUCUAACCAGUUAACUCCCUCCUCUACUCUUUCUCCUCCCCUUUUCUCCACUGCUUCCUGUGUCCCACUCUGUUUAUCUGCCUGCAGAUUGAGUCUUGCAAGCUGAGCUUUCGCAAGAGUGCACGGGCUCGCACGAACCACGGCGCCGACAUCAUCUCCCGGCCCACCCCGAUUGGCAGCCACCCCUCACCCUCAUCGCAGCACCUCUCUCAGUGUUUCUCUGGGGUCCGCCAGCUUUCUCCUCCACACCCUCCAGCUCCAACCCAGCCCCUUGUCACCCAGCCAUGGGCCAGGGGGAAAACUACUGA